AUGGAUUUUCAAACCAUAUUUCUAUAUCUCUCACUCUUCUUUCUCUCUCUACACUUCGUGUUUGCGACUCUGAAACAUCGGCUGAGUCCAGCAAAUACACGGCGCCUUAUCCAUCUCUUCCACCUCCCGAUUAAAUCUCCGAUCGCCACCGCUGUUUUCGCCAGAGAAGACGUCCGCGAGUUUCUCAAUUCAUCAAUCCAAACCGUAAAUAAAGAAAACGGUUCAGAUUCGGGUUCCGAUUUCGAUUUCAAAACGUACAUGGUAAGCAAAGCAGAGUCGAUAAACAGAGCACUAGACGAAGCGAUUCCACUCGUCGAGCCUCUCAACAUCCACAACGCGAUGCGUUACGCGAUUCUCGCCGGCGGAAAACGCGUCAGACCGAUACUCUGCCUCGCGGUCUGCGAGCUAGUCGGAGGAGAAGAGCGUUUGGCGAUUCCGGCGGCUUGUGCGGUGGAGAUGAUUCACGCAAUGUCACUCAUCAAAGACGAUCUUCCUUGUAUGGACAACGACGAUCUCCGACGAGGCAAACCCACAACACACAAAGUCUUCGGAGAAAGCGUCGCGAUUCUCUCCGGCGGCGCGCUCUUAGCUUUAGCUUUCGAGCGUCUGACGGAAGCUGACGUGUCAUCUGAGAGAAUGGUUCGAGCGGUUAAGGAAUUGGCUAAGGCUAUUGGCACCAAAGGGCUCGUGGCGGGACAAGCGAUGGAUCUAAGCAGUGAAGGGUUGGGGAAAAACGACGUCGGAUUAGAGGAGCUUGAGUUUAUUCACGUUCAUAAAACCGGUUCGUUGCUCGAAGCAUCGGCGGUUAUCGGAGCGGUGGUUGAUGAUAUUUUGGAUGAGACCAAGUCGUCGGAGGAAUUGGGGAAAACCGCCGGGAAAGAUCAGAUCGCCGGAAAGCUGACGUAUCCGAAAGUGUUGGGUCUUGAGAAUCGAAAGAGUUUGUUGUGA